UGCUCGCAGGCCUCGCCCCUGACGUCGUGGUCGAUAUUGCAGCUCGAAGCCUUGCCUUCUGGCAGUAUCAAACCUCGCAGGAGGCCGCCUUCCAAGCCAUGAUCCUCAAAUCAGCCCAAGAGCGCAACUCAGUUCUCGAGAAGCGCAUGCAGUCUCUAAUCGUUGAGGCCAACGGCGAGAUCAAUAUCCUCAAGCAGAAGAAUGCAAGCCUUGACAAGGGUGAGCCGAGGUUGCGAGAUGCCUGCCAAUUCCUGCCUCGCACCUGCCUCGGAUCCCGGCUCAACGUCGCGCCUCGCCUCCGCGCCUUUUAUGACAGAUCUCGCUCACGAGAAGCGCAGGGGUAGGGAGUUGCAGGAGACGCUAAGAGCCGUUUCGAAGGACUACGAGAAGCUCAAGGUCAGCCAGGACAUGGUCGUGUGAUGCGAAUCAGACGCAAAGAUAGCAGAGCUGACGACCGCCAAUUUGAUCUCGCGCUCACGCACGUACGUCGCGAUCCGGACCCUUGCUCCUCAUUGUCUUACUCGCACUCCGCUUGUCAACAGUCUCGCGCCGAUCAAGAGCAGGGCCAAAACCAACACAACCAGCAGCAGCAGCAGCAGCAGCAAUCUCAGCGUAGCCUUUUCAACAAUAGCAGCAGCGGCCGCCUGCACACAACCACCGCCGCCACGCCGCCCCUUGGCCCAGCAGGCGUGGCGCAAGCUGGCCCUACCCCGUUUUGGCAGGCCAAUACGUCCCAGCAAGGUCCAGUGCAUCGUCAAAGCUUUGUUGCUCCUACGCCCGUACGAGGCGUCAGCUCGGGAGGUAUCGGCGGCGGUGUGGGAAGCACAAUUUACAACGAUCGAGCAGUAUCCAGCCCACAACACGGCCGCUUCACGCCGACGGGGAUGAGGUCGAGCGGUACGAGGAUUUCGAGGGACGGAAUCGGAGCAAACAUGCCUAGCGUAUUCGGGCAGACUGCCACCUCUUCCGUCAUGGGGCCGCCUACAGGUGAUGCGGGGGCGGGCACCGGAGGUCUGUUAGCAACGCCCUCGAGGCGCAACAAUACGGCUGGCUCUGGGUACGUCAUGGGCACGCCCAGGCGUUGAACAAGGGGCCCAGCCGCGAUACGAUACACAUUCAGCACGACGUCGAGCAUUUCACAGUCACUACCAAUCCACGACUCCCACAGCGAUACCUUACCACACAUCAUCUUACGGGCGAAGUUACCCCUCACCACUUCCGGCUGUGUUUUUGUCUUCUCACUCACUUCCCCUCCAUCCUUCGAGUCAGAGAAGCGCGCUCGACUCAGGCUCGAGUUGAGCUGGCCGAGGGCGAGCGCGAAAGCGAUGUAAACUUCAAUUCGAUCAGAGUAUUCACAGCCACAUCAGCUCGGGUGAUUUGCACGAGAUAAGUUGAGCGUGAAGUGAAGGAAAUCGUUACAGGAGCAAGGAGAGCCAAUGCCGAGCGCGAAGAUUGAGAGAA